AUGUCUGCAUUUGACCGAUUUAACAUCCACGCGCAGUUGGAACACUUGCAGAGCAAGUAUCAGGGCUCUGGGCACUCAGACACGACUAGAUGGGAAUGGCUAACAAACAUCCACAGGGACACGUUGGCAUCGCACGUAGGACAUUAUUCGAGGUACUUGAACAGAGAGGAGAUCAAAUGA